UACAAAAGGAACGAUAAACAUUUUAUGUAUAAUUGCAAUUUAACCCCGGGACUUUUAGCCCAUUCCGCUCUAUGCCCUCUCCUUUUUCCCCAAAUACCAAAUCGGCUCCCAUUUCUAGGGUUUACUACAUCGCCCCACCCUAACUUUUCUCAUUAUCACACUCUCUCUCUCUCUCUCUCGUUCACAGGUAUCGAUCUUGGGAAAGCUAAUUUGAAUUACGGGCAUCAGCCAUCAACCCAAUUGAUCUUGUAAUUUUGAGAUAGAUGCGAUGGCAAAGGGGAAGCUUAUACUAAUUUGCCAGUCUGGUGGUAAGUUCGUAACCAAGGGCGACAGUACCUUGUCAUACGAAGGGGGAGAGGCAAAUGCUGUAAAUAUCAUUCAUGAGACCGUAUUUGAUGAUCUGAAAUUAAAGGUAGCUGAAAUGUGUAACUUGAAUCAGAAAACAAUAUCGGUCAAAUACUUCCUCCCAGGGAACAGGAGAAAUCUCAUUUCUUUAAGAAAUGACAAGGAUCUAAAGAGGAUGAUUGAUUUCCAUGCGAACUCAGUAACUGCUGAUAUUUUUGUGGAUGGGGAAGUAGGAUUUGACCAUGAUGCUAUCAAACUGCAGGCUAGCAGGAACAGUGCUCUGAAACUGGCCGAGACAGUAAACCAUAUUACUGCACCCACAACUGCUGCAACUCCAGUUGUCAAUAACCGUAAAGAUGGUGCUGACCCUCGUGUUCAUGCUCAUGCUGGUUCUAAAGCAGCAGCUCGUAAGGUUGUAGACAGCUCAAGCCCCGGUGAAACAUAUACCGCCUCACCCCAAUCUUCUGAACAUGGUACUGACAGUGAUUCCGAAUAUAAACCACGGGUAGCUGUCAGUGUUGAUGCUGACCAGGACCUGUCUGAUUUAGACAUGACUUGUGGCCCAGCAGAUACUGUCAAAAGGCGGAGGCGUACUGCCUCAUGGACGAUGGGUGCUCGUGGUCCAACUAUUGUUGCGGUUAGUGAUAGCGACAGGGAAAGGAGAAGGCGUAAGAAAAAUAACCAGAGUCGGGAACACGAAACAGAUGAUGAUAUUCUGGGAAUAGAUGAUCUCGGCAAUCCAUCCAGCCCUGGCUUUUCUGACGAUGAUUUGCCAGAAAAAUUAGUUGCCUCGUGGAGAGAUUGUAUUACUGGUGUAGGACAGGAUUUUAAAAGCGUGAAGGAGUUCCGAGAGGCACUGCAAAAGUAUGCUAUUGCUCACCGCUUUGUUUAUAAACUGAAAAAGAAUGACUCCAAUCGCGCGAGUGGCAUUUGUGUCGAGGAAGGCUGUACUUGGAGUAUCCAUGCAUCUUGGGUCCCUGCUUCACUGUUGUUCAGGAUUAAAAAGCUCAACGAUACUCAUACAUGUGGAGGGGAAUCUUGGAAGAAUGCUCAUCCAGCAAAGAAACUGUUGGUAAGUGUCAUAAAGGAUAGGUUACGAGAUUCCCCACAUGACAAGCCUAGGGAAAUUGCUAGAAGCAUUUCACGUGACUUUGGGAUUGAAUUAAAGUAUACACAAGUAAGGCGUGGGAUCGAGGGUGCCCGAGAGCAACUUCAGGGUUCGUAUAAAGAGUCCUACAGUCGCUUGCCUUGGUUCUGUGAAAAGUUGGAGGAGACAAAUCCUGGUAGUUUUGUCAAACUGUUGACCGAUGACGAGAAAAGAUUCCAGUGCCUUUUUGUCUCUUUUCUUUCUUGCGUACAAAGCUUCGAGAAGAAUUGCCGCCCUAUUCUUUUUCUCAAUGCGACGUCUCUGAAAUCAAAGUACCAUGAAAGUUUGUUGACAGCAACUGCAGUCGAUGCAGAUGACGGUUUCUUUCCAGUUGCAUUUAGCAUUGUUAACAAUGAAAACGAGGACAACUGGCAUUGGUUUCUGGAGCAACUAAAAUCUGCAUUGUCAAGUUCUGUACCUUUGACUUUUGUCUCGGAUAGGGACAAAGGGCUAGAAAAGGCCGUGCACGAAAUAUUCGAGAACGCUCACCAUGGUUAUUCCAUGUAUCACCUUAUAGAAAGUUUCAAGCGAAACUUGAAGGGUCCAUUCCAGGGCGAAGGAAGGGGAGUUUUACCUGGAAAAUUUCUAUCUGCUGCUCAUGCACUUCGACAAAGCGUUUUCAAAAAGUUCACCGAGCAAAUCAAACAGAUUUCUCCAAGCGCUUACGAUUGGGUAACUCAAGUCGAGCCAGAGCAUUGGACAAGUUUGUCGUUCAGAGGCGAGCAAUACAACUAUAUCAUACAGAAUGUGGCGGAACCAUAUACCAAGCUGAUGGACGAAAUCAAAGAAUCAACUCUAAUGCAGAAGAUAGAAGCACUGAUUUACAUGAUAAGUGAAGUAAUAAACACCCGACGAAUUUCUUCGAGCAACUGGACAGCCAAACUGACUCCAUCGAAAGAGAAAAUGGUACAGGGAGAAGCUCUUAAAGCGCACAGGCUGAGACUGUUCAUUUCAUCGGACGUUCUGUUUGAGGUCCACGAUGAGUCCACUCAUGUUGUCAAUAUCGAGAAAUUGGAAUGCACUUGCCUAGAAUGGAAAGGGACCAGUGGCAUACCUUGCCGCCAUGCUAUUGCUGCAUUGAACUCCUCGGGAAAAGGGGUUUAUGAUUAUUGUUCGAAAUAUUUCACCGUUGAGAGUUACCAAUUGACGUACAGGGAAUCGAUAAAUCCUAUACCUGGAAUCGGUUUGCCUUUGGUGAAAGAAGAUGCUGAAUCAGAUGAUGUGAAGGUGCUUCCACCUGCCCCUCGUCCGGCAAGUGAACAGAAGAAGGAGCAGAGUAAAAUCGAGGAUCCGGAUAAAAGGACAGUCACUUGUUCCAAGUGUAAGGAACCUGGGCAUAAUAAGGCUUCGUGUAAAGCCACUUCGUAGGCACUGUUAUUUAAUGUAUAAAAUGUACAGUUUGUGUAUUAGAAAAGUCGAGAAUCUUGGAUCAAUCGAUAACUGAAUUUCGGGGGUUUGAUUUGCUGUUUUAUUGUGGUUUAUUAGACUGACAUGGCCAAACUAUUUUUAAGGUUUUCAAUUGUUAUGCUUUUAUCUUUCUUUGA